AUGUCGUCAUUGUUUGGGGACGAUAUAAGCCAUCAUUCUGCUGAUUUAUUUGGUUCGGGUACAAUUACAUCACAAGACCAUAAUGACCCUUGGAGUUCUAAUUCUACUGGGCUUCCGUUUUCUGUACCGACAUUACUUCAAGGAGCCCCUAUACCUGAUAUAUAUAACUCGUCUUUUAACGAUUUAUUAAAAGAAAAUUCCCCCAAUGGUUCAGAACAAUUAAAAGAUGAAGUUCCUGUUUUUGCACUUGAAAAAUUUUUUGAUCGUCUUGAAUUUCCAAUCCCUGUACGAAAGAAAAUUUACUCACUUAUCAAUAUCGAAGUUAAUCCUAUCGCCAGCAAUGCACUUAUAGACAGAGGAACUUGUAAUGUUGCUUUUGCACUUGCAGCAUUUGUACAAAAAGGUACAAGCGAAGAUAACUUAUCUCUUAAUCUUGUUGAUUUUUCCCGCAAUUCUCUCCCUGGUUUAUCUUUUUCUAAUGGCCAUGACCAAACAUUAAAUGUUCAAACUGGUAUUCCAGAUAACAAUUUACAUAAGAAUGCACCUCAGCAAAGCCAAGUAUGGCAAUCAAACAUAAAUCCUUCAAAUUAUAAUCCUCUAUCUAAAAACACUAUAUCAGUCUCACUUGUCUCUAAACGUGAAGGAGCCUUUUUUUUCAGACACGUCAAUUAUAUUGUGGAAGGUUUUGUUCCAUCAUCGUUACUGGCUUCUAUUAAUCCCACUACUAGUACUUCUAACAGCGAAUCGUUAUCUAGUGCCCAAUCUUCAGGAUUUUCAUCCUUAUCCACUUCAAAAUUUAAAGUUGUUCGUAGAUAUUCUGAUUUCUAUUGGCUUCUCGAGUCUCUGCAAAAAAAAUACCCAUUUCGAUUACUACCGAUUUUGCCCCCUAAACGUUUGUCUGUAGACGGCCGUUAUCUUUCAUCUGAUGACCAAUUUCUUGAGCGAAGAAGAAAAGGUUUACAAAGGUUUAUCAAUUUACUUAUGAAGCAUCCACUUCUUAAAAAUGAAAAGCUUGUUGCUAUAUUUUUGUCUGUCGAAACUGAGUUAAGUGUAUGGAAAUCUUCAGGAUCUACUUUAGAAUUGCAUGAAGAAUAUCAUAAUCGUAUUAUUUCACCAGAUUUCGUCAAUCUAUGGGAUGAGCACAUUCGGAUGGAACAUUGGCGUGACGUCAAACAUGCCGCAGAAGCUGCUCGUGAUACUCUAACUCAAUUUUGUGUCCUUGCUGAUCGAAUUGCAAGGCGUAACAAUGCCAUGGCUAUAGACUACAACAAAAUUUCUGGCGUUUUAAGUGCUUUUAAUCAAACCAUCCCUUUACUAUAUAAAGGAAGUGAUCAAUCUACUGCGGGUGAUUUACCUGUUAUUACUGAAACAGUUAAAAAUGUUUCAAAUUAUCUUACGACCUCUUCGGAUCUUUUACUUGAAGAGAGUAACUCUCUUGAUUCGGGACUACUUGAAGAUGUGAAAGUUCUUAGAGACACUGUUGUUUCUGUCCUUGAAAUUUUUAUAAGAUAUGAGAGAAUCGGUGGCAAUGCAAUUCCACAGUUAGAGCGCCGGAUUCAACAUAAUGAAGCUAGGCUUAAUGGUUCUGUUGGAAAUGAUGUUAGGGCUUCAGAACGAGACAAGAUUUUAAAAAUGAUAGAAUCAGAUAAACGGGCUAUAGAUUACCAAAAAAAUAGAUCUUGGCUUAUUCGGCAAACCAUUACUGAAGAACUUGAUUUGCACCAGCGUACUCAAUAUCUUAUUGCAAAAUUGCUCAGUGACUGGUCAAAUAGUGCUGUUAAAUUUGCUGAAUCGCAAUCAGAUAAUUGGACAGCUUUGACACAUGAUAUUGUCACAGAACUCCCUCUUUCUUAA